UCUCCUCUCCUCCCUAACGUCAGGUUAAAAACCCCAGGAAGCACUGGCCCUCUGCAAACGCUCCCGUUCCCUCCAGAGCUAGAGACAUCCCCAGUUGGAGCCAGCAUGUCAGCUGUGGUUCUGGAGACGCGGGGCUUGGGCAGGAAGCUCUCCAACUUUGGACAGGAAACGAGCUAUAUUGAAGAAAACACCAAUCAAAAUGGUGCCAUUUCCCUGAUCUUCUCUCUCAAGGAAGAAGUUGGUGCAUUGGCCAAAGUCCUGCGCUUAUUUGAGGAGAAUGAUAUAAACCUGACCCACAUUGAAUCCAGACCUUCCCGUGUAAAGAAAGAUGAGUAUGAAUUUUUCACCUAUCUGGAUCAGCGUAGCCUGCCGACUUUGACGAACAUCAUCAAGAUCCUGAGACAAGAAAUUGGUGCCACUGUUCAUGAGCUUUCCCGAAGUAAGAAGAAAGACACAGUGCCCUGGUUCCCCAAAACCAUGCAAGAGCUUGACAAAUUUGCCAACCAGAUUCUCAGCUAUGGAGCAGAACUGGAUGCAGACCACCCGGGUUUUACAGAUCCCGUGUACCGGGCAAGACGGAAGCAGUUCGCUGACAUUGCCUAUAACUACCGACAUGGACAGCCCAUUCCUCGAGUGGAAUACACAGAGGAAGAAAAGAAAACCUGGGGCACGGUGUUCAAGACCCUGAAGUCUUUGUAUAAAACCCAUGCCUGCUAUGAGCACAACCAUAUUUUCCCACUUCUGGAAAAGUACUGCGGCUUCCGUGAGGACAACAUUCCCCAGCUGGAAGAGGUUUCUCAGUUCUUGCAGACUUGCACUGGUUUCCGCCUUCGUCCUGUUGCUGGUCUACUUUCCUCUCGGGACUUCUUGGCUGGUCUGGCCUUCCGAGUCUUCCAUUGCACCCAGUACAUCAGACAUGGGUCCAAACCCAUGUAUACACCUGAGCCGGACAUCUGCCAUGAGCUGUUGGGACAUGUGCCUCUGUUUUCAGAUCGCAGCUUUGCCCAGUUUUCCCAGGAGAUAGGCCUUGCUUCCCUGGGUGCACCUGAUGAGUAUGUUGAGAAACUCGCCACAAUUUACUGGUUUACCGUGGAAUUUGGGCUCUGUAAACAAGGUGGCUCCAUUAAAGCAUAUGGUGCUGGGCUCUUGUCAUCCUUUGGUGAAUUACAGUACUGCUUGUCUGAUAAGCCAACGCUCCUCCCCCUGGAUCUGGAGAAGACAGCUAUUCAGCCAUAUACCGUCACAGAGUUUCAGCCUCUGUACUAUGUGGCUGAGAGUUUUAAUGAUGCCAAGGAGAAAGUAAGGAACUUUGCUGCUACAAUCCCACGACCCUUCUCGGUUCGUUAUGACCCGUACACCCAAAGUGUUGAGUUUCUGGACACUACCCAGCAACUUAAAAUUUUGGCUGACUCCAUUAACAGUGAAAUUGGAACCCUUUGCAAUGCCCUUCAGAAAAUAAAGUGAAGCCGCGGGAAUAGCCUGAUCUGACAACUGAAAAUAUGUUGAUGGAAAUUCAAUUACUUCUUUUAUUUCAUCUGAAAAGAAUAGAUAACUUAAUUUGAAAUGAUGGCUUUAAAUCCUCUGUGAAACAAGAUGAAGGAUCAACAGAUAAAUCAAUAAUCUGAAAAGACAAUAUCUCAAAGCCUAUUUGUGGAUCCUCAGAGAUGAUAAUCUCAUAAUCUGAAAAGAUAAGAAUGUAAUAAUUUCAUAGUUAAUCAAAGUUAAUUUUAAAAUUUUAUCUUUAGUAAAGGUUACUUGCCUUUGCUCUUUGCCAGAGAUAAUUACUCAGGGAUUACAUAUAACACAAUGAAAAUCACAAUUCUGUCAUUUUCAUUGAAUUUUAGUUUUAACAAAAGUCUUAACCAAAAAUUUUAGGUUUAACAAAAGUCUUAAUCUGUUACUGUGAUUAUAAUUACUGAUUUGUUAUUUUGCUGAUGUAGAAUUCCUUUAAUUUAUAAACUCAUUAAAUAAUUAUGGUAUUAAAUUU